CUCAUCGUAAAAAUAUUUAUUGAAUAAAAUUUAUUAAUUGUUUUGUGAAUUUCGCAGUAAAAUGUCUCACAAUCAGCGCCAAAUUCACCAAGAUUGGGCCAAUCGGGAGUACAUUGAGGUCAUUACGGCCAGCAUUAAGAGAAUAACAGACUUUUUGAAUUCUUUCGACAUGUCCUGUCGCUCUCGGCUGGCGGUGCUGAAUGAGAAGUUGACCAUCUUGGAGCGAAGGAUUGACUACUUGGAAGCUUGUGUGACGAAGGGGGAGACACUCACAUAAGACUGAGCUGUAAAUUCCCAGGAGGCGCAUCAUCCACAACAUUUCCGGAAAGAGAAAAUCCGCGUGCAUUUCGAGUGUAAAUAAUUCCAUUUAAGAAAUGAAUGAAAGUCUUUUGUGACUCAGUA